AUGUUUAAAGAGUUCAUUUUUGUAUUACUUAUAAGUAGUGGAUGUGUUUCGGCGAAUCUGGUCAGGGACGAUCUGGAGAGAUUCAAGAGAGAUGACGAUAAAACGCUUACAAUGAAAAACUAUUUUAUCAACUCUUUUGUACAGAACCAUUUUGCUACUGUGAGGUAUACGAUUCAUGUUGAAAACGAACACUCGGAAACAGUUAGUUCAACAUUUGUUUUGCCGAUUCCUGAAGAUACAUUCAUAGCAAGUUUUAGUGCAAUCAUUGAUGGUGUAGAAUAUACUGGUGAAAUGGUUUUGAAUGAAAACAUAUCAACGGAAGACAAUGGAACCAAUACACAGACUGCAUUAACAGCACAGGUCAGAAAAAGGUUAAUUGACGACCCUAAAAGAAACAUUUUCGAAAUUGAUUUAACUCUGGCUGCUGAUAAAGAGACAACUUUCAUAGUUACCUAUUAUGAACGGUUAAUACGAAAAGGUUCACAUUACAAACAAAGACUUAUUGUAGAGCCCGGCCAAUUAGUGGACACUUUACUGGUGAACGCCAUC